AUGACAUACUACUCGGAUUCAAUUGGAUUGCCGCCUUCAGACAAGACCCGCUGGCGGCUCAGAACCGAUGACCUCGGCAGAGAAACUUGGCACUAUCUCUCAGAGACCGAGAGUCUCGCGGAACCCCAGACUAAUACCACCAAGUACCUAUUGGACAUGGCCGAUUUCAAGGGGCCGCCGGCAGAAAAAAAAAUCACCACGGCCAUGGAGUCGGCCAUGAAAGGUGCGGAGUUCUUGAGCCACAUCCAGGAGGAAUGCGGCAUCUUCGCAUGCCAGUAUAAGGGCCCCAUGUUCAUGACUGUGGGAUAUGUUUUUGCGUCGUAUUUCACGAAAACCCCGAUUCCGGACGUAAAGAAGCACGAGAUGAUCCGGUACAUUGUCAACACCGCUCACCCGGUAGAUGGUGGCUGGGGAUUGCAUUCUGUGGACAAGUCAACGUGUUUUGGCACCACCAUUAACUAUGUCGUGUUGCGGCUCUUGGGCUUGCCCAAAGACCACAUGGUGUGUGUGAAAGCCCAGAAAACACUCUUCAAAUUGGGAGGGGCGUUGGGAAAUCCCCAUUGGGGCAAGGCCUGGCUCUCCCUUUUGAAUUUAUAUGGAUGGGAAGGCGUGAACCCAGCCCCCCCUGAAAUGUGGCUCCUUCCAUAUUCCCUUUCUAUCCACCCAGCCCGCUGGUGGGUACACACAAGAGCAAUCUAUUUACCGCUUGCUUAUUUAAGCGCGAACAGGAGUACAUGUCAAGUCGACCCGCUCUUGGAACAAAUCAGGUCAGAAAUCUACUUACCGCGUCAGUUGCCAUACGCGUCCAUUGACUUUUCCGCCCAUAGAAACACUGUAUGUGGCGUUGAUCUCUACUAUCCGCACACGAAAAUCUUGGACACCUUGAACUGGUGUAUAGCCAAGUACGAGAAAUACGUGCGGCCCAAAUGGCUCCUCAAGCAAACCAACAAAACGGUAUACGACCUCAUCCAGAAAGAGUGUCAGAACACUGAGUACUUGUGCAUCGCGCCGGUGAGUUUCGCAUUCAACAUGAUCGUCACGUAUUUGGAGGAAGGCGCGGAUUCUAAAGCGUUCCAGUGCUUUUUGGAAAAAAAAGAUGAUGUCGUGUUCCAUGGACCCCAGGGAUUGACUGUCAUGGGCACAAACGGGGUGCAGGUCUGGGAUGUUGCUUUCAUGUGCCAGUACUUGAUUAUGGCGGGCUUACUGGGGCACCCACAGUACCACGACAUGAUUUUGAAAGGAUACUGGUUUUUAAGAAGAUCUCAGUUCACUGAUGAAUGCGUAGAGGGCUCCUACAGAGACAAGAGGAAAGGAGCAUGGCCAUUUAGCACGAAAACACAGGGCUACACUGUUAGCGACUGCACUGCCGAGGCCAUGAAAGCUAUUAUCAUGGUUGAGAACGAUGAUUACCUUGGACAUCAAAUUGAACACAAGAUUGAACGGCAGAGUCUUGAGGAUGCCGUCGAUAGGAUUCUCUUUAUUCAGAACACAGACUCUUUUGAGUAUGGAUCUUUCUCGGCGUAUGAGAAGAUUCGGGCCUCUCCCAUGAUGGAAUGGCUUUCUCCUGCUGAAGUCUUCAACCAGAUUAUGGUCGAAUAUCCAUACGUCGAGUGCACGGAUUCUUCCGUGUUUGGAUUGCUCUAUUUUUCGAAAUACUACCCGGACUACAAGCCUGAUGUCAUUCUGCACUCCAUCGACAUUGCUAUUGCCUAUAUUGAAAAUGCUCAGGACAAACAAGAUGGUUCAUGGUACGGCUCAUGGGGCGUAUGUUACACAUACGCUGCCAUGUUUGCCGUUGAAGCGCUCGAGUCGGUGGGAAAAGUAUAUGGCAAUUCUGAGGUUGUCAAAAAGGGUCUUGACUUCUUGGUAGCAAAGCAGGAGACUGACGGAGGCUGGAGUGAAUCAAUGAAGGCUUGCGAAACCCAUACCUAUGUUCCUAAUGGACAAUCUAUGGUCGUCCAAACUGCUUGGGCGGUGAUUGCUCUCAUAUUGGGUGAGUUUCCUGAGAGAGGGCCCAUUGACAAGGGCAUCCAAUUGAUUAUGCAAAGACAAUCACUUGAAGGCGAAUGGAAAUUCGAGGAUGUUGAAGGUGUUUUUAAUCACAGCUGUGCUAUCGAGUACCCGACCUACAAGUUUCUAUUCCCAAUCAAAGCCCUCGGGCUAUAUGCUGCAAGAUUUGGCCAGCACGCUGCGCCCCUCAGAUAA